UGACGGCAUCGCUGUCGGGUGAGGGGGGGUCAUAAAUUGAGACUCCUUGGCUUGCACUGUACAAUAUUUGCAUACUGUAUUGCUGCAUAGCCCAAAGACAAUAUGACCCAGCGGUGGGUGCUCCUUACCCGAGUGUAAAGGGAGGCACAAAAGGACCAGGGUCACGGACACUCUGUUGACACUUUCUCGCACCCUCCGUCUUCAUCCAGCCGGCUGCAGCUGUCUUUCCCAGCCGUCCAGGGGGAGAGGUUCAAGCCGAGCAGCCGACUCGUCCAGCCGCUGAGCCAUGCGACAGUGGUGUGUCCCCGUUGCGACCCGAAGCACAGAGCCACUCCCGGGGCGCCUCUCCUUGUCGCCCCCUCCGUCAGAUGCCAGGAUGGAGUGCUGCGAGGUGGAGCCGCGCUACACCAUCGAGCAGAUUGAUCUCCUGCAGCGUCUGCGCCUCUCAGGCAUGACCAAACCUCAGAUCCUCCACGCUUUGGAGUCUCUGGAGAGGCUGGACCCGGACCACCGCGCACCUCACUGUGACUCCCACCCUGCUCCAUCCACCAACAGCAACAGCAACACCACCACACCUGCCGCGGCCGCCCCGGCUCCCACCUCAUCCUCUUCGUCGUCCACCUCAUCACUGUCCCUGGCGUCGGCCACCACGCAGACCUCCGGGUUAGACGGCGCCGCCCUGUCCCCCAGCAACAGCUUCGAGGCCUCUCCUCCUCCCCUCUACCCCCCCGCGGUGGCCGUGCAGCGCUCAUUCAGCUACGACAUGGUCGGAGAGGAGGAAUGGGACCUGGAGGAGAAGGUGGAGGAAUACAUGAGGAGGGAUAGCAACCUGGUAAAAGAGGAGAUCAAAACCUUCCUCAACAACCGCAGGAUCUCACAGGCAAUUGUGGGACAGGUUACAGGCAUCAGCCAGAGUUACAUCUCCCAGUGGCUGCUGCAGCAAGGCCUGGAGAUGAGCGACUCCAAACGUAGAGCUUUCUAUCGCUGGUACCUGCUGGAGAGAAAUAACCCAGGGCCCAGGUGGAGCGAAAGCCAGCACAGCGUGAGUCCCACGCCCAGGGCCAGGGGAGGGGACAGAGACGGGCUGGUGGCGGGGGCGAGCGGCAGCCUCCCCAACCCGAACACCAACCUCAACCCCAACUCCAACCCCUUGUGGAGCAGACAGAGAGAGCUGCUGAUGCAUUUGCUGCCGUGGUACACCGCCGCAGCCCAGCCAGGCGCUACUUUAUCGAUGCGAUCCUUGGUGAAGGAGGAACCGGACUGGCGGACCGGCAUCAUAGUCGGUGACAGGGCAACCAUCGUCGGUGCGCCAUUGAGGCUGCGUCGAGGAAGCAGGUUCACCUGGAGGAAGGAGUGUCAGUCUAUCAUGGAGAGUUUCUUCGUGGAGAACCAGUAUCCCGACGAGGCAAAGCGGGAGGAGAUCGCCAACGCCUGCAACUCGGUCAUCCAGAAACCAGGUUGCAAGCUGUCCGAGUUCGAGCGUGUGACGGCCUUGAAGGUGUACAACUGGUUCGCGAACCGUCGCAAGGAGAUGAAGAGAAGAGCGAACAUCGAAGCCGCCAUUUUGGAAAGCCACGGCAUUGAGGUUCCGAGUCCGAGCUGCCACUCUAACGGCGAAGAAGCCGAGAUGCAAGAGUUUGCCGAUCAGGUCAAUCACCGCUUCUCAGAGCAGGAAGACACCUCCGCCCAACAAGACCCCUCCGUGAGGGCCACGCCCGACGCCCUCCCUAGCCCCGCCCCACAGGCGCUGGAACAGAAAGAGGAGGAACCAAAAAGGGAGACUGUGGAUGAAGAGUGACCAAAACUGGUGAUCUCAUUUGAAUUUUAAACAAAAUACUUUAAAAAAAAAAAAAAAAAAAAAAAGGGUCUGCUUCCUCCUCGGGGGGGGCCUGAAGACACCCUUAAAUAAAUGAAAAGGGUGCUAAAAGCUGACGGUAAAGAGGCUGCCAUAUUUAUCGAAAGUUAUCACGCUUAUGUUAACAGCAAUAUACAGUACAUAUAUGAAUAUAUACUUGAACAUAUAUCAAUAUGUAGUGCAUUCCAAGGUGGUAUUAAGAAGCCUAAAUUCCAUAGAUAUACCCAAAGGAUACCUCACCCAUUUGAAACUUUUGUAUUCUUUGCUUCAUGCUUUCUGUUGGCACGGAGUGGUCAUGUGACGUAAGCCUGCAGGUCAGGCGAUCAGAAACCUGGUUUGCGUGUGUGUGUGUGUGUGUGUGUGUGAGCGUGUGUGUCGUUUUUGUGGUGCUGGCCUCCGACCUCACAGAGUCGACUGAUCGAGUCUCUAUCAAUGUUCGCAAAGCCCUGAGGGACGCCUGGAAUCUCAGGGAAUCCAACAAUGAUGGCUCAAGAUGGUGAAGAAGUGUGUAUGUGUGUGUGUGUGUGAGUGUGUGAGUGAGUGCUUCAUCUUAUCUGCUCUCAGUCCAAACAGGAUGUUCUAUUUAUACUUUUUUUUUUUUUUUUUUUAUUAGUGGAACAAAGCGAGGACUAUCCAUCAUGUCUUUGUUCGACUCAAUGCUGCUCUCUUUACUUUUUUUCCCCCCUCAUCUAACCUCAUUUUCUCAAGCUGAAGUCAGCCUGUGAAGCUUCUCUUUAAAAGAAACGUAAAUGUGAUUGAAAAUCAUGACGCGUCCUCUUUCCGCCUUAUUGGAAUAAGCUAAAAGCUUCAGCUCCGCAUACAGCACUUCAAAGUGAAUCUCACUCUAAUAAUAAUAAUAAUAAUAAUAAAUAAUAAUACGCUUGUGUACAUAACUCAGAAGAUAAACAGCAUUUAUGGGUGCUUUUCUUCAAACUAACAUUAGCAAAAAACUAAAAGUCAAUAUAUAUAUAUAUAUAUACUGUAGAAUUGUCCAAGGACCUCCGUGGAGUUUGUCCCCAAAGUGUUCAUGAAAUGAACAAAGACGCUUGUAGUAUACUUUAAUUGAUGCCAAAGCUAUGGAUGACCAUGCUCAGUCCAACACUAGCCAAUACUCUUAAAGAGGAAUCGCUCUGUACAAGCCAUUCUUGUCACCCUUCAUGAUACACUGUCCUGUAGCAUUUAUGUCAGUGGGGGGGUGCAAAAAGGCCAUUAUUGUUAUUAUUAUUAUCAUUAUUGUUAUGCUCCUUGAUAUCUGCUUUUAUCUUACAGUGAGCAACAAUAAAAAUAUUGUUAACAAUGGCCGUGCUGCGUCUUAU